UGACAAAAGAAACGUCAGACAAGUGUCAAUUACGUGGUUUCCACAGAUGAGAGUGGGUAAAUUUUUAUAUUUGAAGUAUUUUGAACCAUGCAACGUCUGAGCAAUUACUAAUUUUUGAAUGAUAUUAAAUUAUAAUUAGAUCAAAAUGAUUCUAUUUAGUACCAUAUUCCUUAUAUUUAAUAUUUUCGUACUAUCCGGUACCGCACAAAAAGUCGCUCCUGGAGUCCCGCCGCAACGUUAUCAGCCUCCACCCCAACAACAAUAUCAUCAACCAGUCCAGCAACAGCAGUACGGUCAACCCCAGCAGGUUCAGUAUCAGCAACAAGUACCUGUGCAACAACAGGUUCCCGUUCAACACCAACAACAUGUUCCUGUUCAGCAGCAACAACAGGUACCUGUUCAGCAGCAACAACAUGUACCUGUCCAACAACAGCAAGUUCCUGUCCAACAACAGCAAGUUCCUGUUCAACAACAGCAACAACAUGGGCAUCACCAUGACCACAGUCGCCCUCAACAGGUCUUAAAUGCUGCCAAUGCUGCUCAAGAAGCUCAGCACAUAGCUGAGCACAUGGAUGUGCCAAUAGAUACCAGCAAGAUGACCGAACAGGAAUUACAAUUUCAUUAUUUCAAAAUGCAUGAUGCUGACAACAACAACAAACUCGACGGCUGUGAACUGAUAAAGUCUCUAAUACAUUGGCAUGAACAAGGCAACCAAGGGAACAAACAGAACGCCGAAGUCGAAGACGGCAACAAGAUCUUCAAAGACGAAGAACUGGUGAACUUGAUCGAUCCCAUACUGACCGUAGACGAUUUCAACAAGGACGGUUACAUCGAUUAUCCGGAGUUUAUUAGAGCUCAACAAAAGGCCGCUGGACAGGCCAAACCCCAAGCUUAAGUUUGUGAAAAGAUGAUGAUACACCAUCGAUGACUGAUGAAGAUAUCUCUAAUUUCGUUGAUGAUCUUCUAAAAGAUAUGGAUCCGGAUAAGGACGGCCAAAUCAGUUAUGCAGAAUAUAAAACGUUCAGCGGGUACAAAUCUUAAUAUAAAAAAGAAAUUUAAGAGAAAAAAAGGUUAUAAUUAUUCGAAAGGGGUUUAAAAUUUUCGAUUUGUAUACACAUUACAGCUUGCAAAUUUGUUUUUCGACCACAGACCAUAUAUAUAGUGUUAUUUAGCAAUUCUCCUUACCAUCUUCAACCGUAAGUCUAAGUCGGAUAAUUAUUUUGCGAGUUAUAAUGCGUUUUUUUAACUGGUGCGAUUUUAUUUGACUUUUUUAUUAUUAGUAAGUAGUCCCUACUCUGGUAAAAGUGUCACCUGCCAGUUGUCACUUGUGCCCACAUAGGGACAUGACUGUCUUUACAUAUAAUGUACAUAUUGUGUUGUUCAUCUCUUAACUCACAUUUGAUUUAUUGCUGUAAUGAUAGAUUUUGACAUUUUAUAUUUAGGUAAUUUUUUCUUCCACAUUUAAUAUUGCAGUUACAUUUGGUGAUGAUUUUAGAGAGUUAAACGAGAUAGUUAAAAAAAUAAUAACAAUUUGGUCUCGUCCUAUUUCCUUUUUACCUUAUUAUACAAGGUGUCGUAAAACGUGUUUGAAAUAUAUCUUCUUCAACUCCUGAAUAAAAAAAUCUUCCAUUUUAUCAUUUCUAGUAAAUUUAAUAUUCCUGUCGAUCAGAUAUUGACUCAUAUUUCAAAUGAGCCAAAUCUGGUGAUCUUGGUGACUGUUCAAAGUUGCCGAUGUUUUUUGAAACAUUUCUUUUUAAUUCGAGUUCGAAAUGGGCGUUUUUGUUUUAGGAGACCUUGUGCUUGAUAUAAACGAAAUAAAUAUUUGUAUUUUUUUAAAUUCGGUUGAUCCGUUCAGUGGCGUAGCCAAACUUAGUUUUUAGAGGGGGUUUAAGUUUCCGGGUAAUUUAGAUGGUGUGAAUUGUUGAGGGUAUGUUUGUCCCUAUGAAAUUAUAACAAUUAUUUACUAUGAUUUUUUUUUUCAUAAAAAAAGCAAAACUGUGCUAGAUUUUUUACUCCCAGAAAAUGUUAAUAAUUUAGUGUUUAGAAACUCGGCUUUGGGCUAAUUUUACUUUAAAUUUUCUUUAGUUAAAAAGGCUCUUUUACAUGGUUUUUAACUUUUCUUAUCUUUUUUGUAUCACAAAUUUAUAAAUAACCUUCAUUUUGACCUGUCAAACUUGUCGAAACUAUUUUUUUUAUGAAGCAAUAUUACUUCUUAAUAAUUUUGGAGGGUACAUGCCCCUGUUAUCUCCCAUGGCUACGCCUCUAGGUCUUUUUUAUAAGACGUUUUUCUUUCACGUGUGCAUCAACUCUGAUUUGAUUUUUUGCUGUAUUAAAGUGAUUAGAUAUUAAACAUUCGGGUUGAUGUCCCUCAUUAAAUUGUUCGGUGCAACUUUCUUAGAUCUCUCUUAGAGACUCACUCCCAUAUUAUUUAACAAUAAUUGGUUAGUUUUGAAUGUUUUCUUUUUUUUUAUCGACUUUAUGAUUACAAUAAGAACAUUUACAUCAUAACAAUUAUUGUAAACUUAAAACAUAUAUUACGGUAAUAUUAAUAGAGUGAAUAUUGUUUUUCUUAUUAUAAUCGGAUAUUUAUCAUAGUUUUGAUUCAGAAUCAAAAUUAUUUUAAAUUAUGUUUUUGCUUUAUUACGAUGAGACAAAAAUUUCAUUGGACUGUUUUUUCAACAUUCCAAUUUAUGUAGACCUCAAUUUGACCAUUUUAGUUCUAUUGAAUCAAAAUUAGAUUAUAAAAAAUGUAAUUUUGAAGAUACUUGUUACAACGGAUGAUUAAAAUUUUAUAUAAAUAUUUUUUCAGUUAGGAUUUUCUGUUUGUUUUGUUUAUUUGUUUUUUUAUUACAAAAAAUGUUAAAUGUUUUUUUGCUAUUAUAAUGAUCUUGUUUCUCUCUAUUUAGAACUUUGUUUAAAAAAAUUAUAGACAUUUUUAAUUAAAAAUAUAAAAAGUGCAUUGUAAUUAAUAAUUUGACAACCACAGACCAUCACAUAGUGUUAUUUAGCAAUUCUCCAUUCUUUUUCUACUCCAAAUUUUGUUGUUGUAAUAUUAACGUGUUAUAAUGCAUUUUUUUAUUGGUUGUAUUAAUCCAUCCAUGUCAGUGAAUUUAUCGUUAUUUUUUUUAUUUGGUUGUUAUUUUUUUGGCGAUCAUAUUUUAUUUUUUCGGGGAUGAAAAGUAUUUUGUAUAUAUUGAAUUUAGGGGAACUUUGUAUAAAUUUGGAAUACAUAUUUUUCUGAAAUAAAGUGUUUUAUUGUGUUUA